UGUAAAGGAUGUUCCACGUCCUGAACCCCUUGUAAUAGCCUACAUGUCUGAUGUAUAAAAAUGUACCAAGAAAGCUACUUGCAGCUGGGAACCAUGUUGUUUAAAUACGCAUAUCUAAGAAAGGCCUAUAGCUCCUAUUUUCUUGGCUUUUUUUCUUUUAUUAAAGCCUACCCUGCACCCCUACUCCACCAGUCUUAGUUAUCUUUAUGUAGCCUAUCGUGUCACAGGCAACUCUGUGGGGGAAAGACAACACAGGCUGCUUGCUGAGGAUGCGAACUUCCCAUUUUAUCCUUUUCUAUUUGCAACUGCCACGCCCUCCCUAACCGGCUGGAUAAAGUUCAACAAGUGUCCUCGUGCUUCAGACCAACCACAGCACCUUAUCAAAGAGAGUCAGAGCUUUUUAGUCCUAAAAUAGAUCUCUGGACUUUUCCCUUUAAACGAAGGUUUCUCUGUUUUAGCCGCGGAAUAUUUAAACUAUUAAAACCUCCCUAGAUCUUCCUCAAUAAACUGCUUUUCUCAUUCGGCCUUAAGAGGAACAAGAAGGCAUCACUUUCAAAGAUGCUCUGCGCCUUUCCCCUUCUGAAUUUGUGAAGUGAGAGAGGGGGAGCGAGUGGAGAAGAAGCGGCUGCCUUAACGAGGGCAAACGUCUCCAAAAGCCCUCAACAUUUGCACGUUGACAGCAGAAGGCUCAUCGGAGAGCGAGCUGGUCAGUUUGAAUGAUGGCUGGAUGUUGUGUGUCGGCGGAGGACAGAGAGAACCAGAGGAUCAACGAGGAGAUUGAGAAGCAGCUGCGGAGAGACAAGAAGGACUCUCGCCGGGAGCUGAAGCUGCUGCUGUUGGGUACUGGAGAGAGUGGAAAGAGUACCUUCAUCAAACAAAUGAGGAUUAUCCAUGGAGGAGGAUACACAGAUGAGGACAAGAAGGGCUACGCCAAACUGGUCUUCCAGAACAUCUACACGUCCAUGCAGACCAUGGUCCGAGCCAUGGAGGCACAUAGUAUAUCUUUCUCUGAUCCCCAGAACCAGAGCCAUGCAAACUCAAUCCUGGAGGUGGAAGUGGACAAGGUGGAGGAGUUCGAACAAAGCCUUGCGGUGGCCAUCAGGAGUCUGUGGAGCGAUGCAGGAAUACAGGAGUGCUACGACCGACGCAGGGAAUACCAGCUGUCCGACUCCACCAAAUACUAUCUCACCGACCUGGAUCGAAUUACAGAACCCUCUUAUGUACCUGACCUGCAGGAUAUCCUCCGAGUCAGAGUGCCAACCACGGGUAUCAUCGAAUACCCCUUUGACAUGGAGAAUGUCAUCUUCAGGAUGGUGGAUGUGGGGGGUCAGAGGUCAGAGAGGAGGAAGUGGAUCCACUGCUUUGAAAACGUCACCUCCAUCAUCUUCCUGGUGGCGCUCAGCGAGUACGACCAGGUCCUGGCUGAGUGCGACAACGAAAACCGUAUGGAGGAGAGCAAGGCCCUAUUCAAAACCAUCAUAACCUAUCCCUGGUUCCAGCGCUCCUCUGUCAUACUUUUCCUCAACAAGACCGACAUCCUCAAGGAGAAGAUCAUGUAUUCUCAUGUAGCCACCUACUUCCCUGAAUUUACAGGACCUCAGCAGGAUCCUACAGCAGCUCAGGAAUUCAUCCUGAAAAUGUACCAAGAACAAAACCCGGACAAGGACAAGACGCUGUACCCUCACUUUACCUGCGCCACAGACACAGAAAACAUCCGCUUCGUCUUUGUGGCCGUCAAAGACACCAUCCUCAGACACAACCUGAAGGAGUUCAAUCUUGUGUAAAGAGGAGCAGGAGGACAGGAGAGGAGACAAAGGGAUACAAGAAGAAGGAAAGACAUGAGGAGAGCCAAGACAGGAGAAUUACAUAAAACAAAACUUUACAGUGCUUUUUCUUGGCUGUCUAGAGAACAAUUAGAUUUUACAUAGUUCCUCCCUGUUUACACAACCAAGAUUCUAAGUCUCUUUAAUCCAAAGGUUUCAAUAUUUUCAUUUUAUCUUGUGUCUGUAAAAAUCCAGCCAAAGAGAAUAUGAACAUGUAAGAGAGUAGUUUCUAUUCCAGUCUUUAUAGAGAUGAACUGUAAGAAAAUGAUACUUUGCAGUGGAAGUGAGAAUGUGAAAAUGUUAAGUAAUAUCAUUGACCUAUUGUGUGGGCUACUUAUUUUAUCACUUCUUAAAAUACAGUUGUCAUAAAUAAGAUCUGAGUGCUUUAACUGAUUCUGCUUUAAUUUCUGCUCAUGCAAUAGCUCUAAGAGAUCCCUGUGAUAUUUAAAUUUGAGUAGUUUUUUCCCCUUUUCUAACACUGAACCACCUGUGUCUGCUUUUGCCUUUAGUGCCUUAUUAACUUAGGACAGUCAGCACAGCCACAGUUUGUUUUAGAUUGUAAAUAGUCCAAGUUGUGCUUUGAAAAACGCUACACAUGCGAAAUGGAAAUUAUAUUUAUGGUAGUUUUCAAUAAACAAUUAGUUAGUUAAUGAA